ACGGACUCCAAGCUCUCAGCCUGCACGAAUGCAACCUCCGUGGCAGCCUCGGAUGCGUGAAAACAACCAAUAACUGUAGAACGGGAGGCUUGGUUGGAGGAUUUUUAACCUGCGCGCGUCGUGCGUAAAAGGCGCACUGACUCCUUUUUUUUUUUUUUUUUUUUUUUUUUUAAUUUAAGGUUGCGGUGAUAUUUGAAUCAUGCUGAAAAUGACCGAGGAUCACGACAAGUGUGUGGGCGACCACCCGUGCAGCCCCUCGGGCAGCAACAGCUCCAUGUCUCAGGAGGACUCCGACUCCGACGCGCCGUCCUCGCCGACGGGCUCCGACGGCCAAGCGUCUCUGCUCGCCGGUUUGGCCAAGAAGUUGGACUCGGAGGACGACGAUCGUUUCCCGGCGUGCAUACGGGACGCCGUCUCUCAGGUUCUGAAGGGCUACGACUGGUCCCUGGUGCCCAUGCCGGUGCGGGGGAACGGAUCCUUGAAGAACAAACCGCACGUCAAGAGGCCCAUGAACGCCUUCAUGGUUUGGGCCCAGGCUGCCCGCAGGAAGCUGGCGGACCAGUACCCGCACCUGCACAACGCCGAACUGAGCAAAACACUGGGCAAACUGUGGCGUUUGCUCUCGGAGAGCGAGAAGAGGCCGUUCGUGGACGAAGCGGAGCGUCUGAGGGUUCAGCACAAGAAAGACCACCCGGACUAUAAGUACCAGCCUCGGCGACGGAAGAAUGUCAAACCGGGCCAGAGCGACUCGGACUCUGGCGCCGAGCUGGCCCAUCACCACAUGUACAAAGCCGAGCCGGGGAUGGCGGGACUGGCGGGGAUGUCGGACGGCCACCACCACCCUGACCACGCCGGACAGCCGCACGGCCCCCCGACGCCGCCCACCACCCCCAAAACGGACCUGCACCACGGCCCCAAGCAGGACCUGAAGCACGAGGGCCGCCGCCUGCCCGACAACAACAACGGCGGCGGCGGCAGCAGGAAAAACAUCGACUUCAGCAACGUGGACAUCUCGGAGCUCAGCACCGACGUCAUCAGCAACAUGGAGACGUUCGACGUGCACGAGUUCGACCAGUACCUCCCCUUGAAUGGCCACGCCUCCUCCGCCGCCGCCGCCGCCACCCUGUCCUCUGAGCACGGGCUGACCGCCUACGGCUCCUCGUACGGCGGUUGGAGUCGCAAGAACGCCAUGUCCUCCUCGCCGCCCGAGGUGGCCCAGCACCGCCUCCACAUCAAAACGGAGCAGCUGAGCCCGAGCCACUACAGCGACCACUCCCACGGCUCGCCCUCGCACCCCGACUACGCCACCUACAGCAGCCAGGCCAGCGUCACCACGUCCGCCGCCUCCUUCCCCGCCUCCCAGUGUGACUAUACCGACCUCCAGAGCUCCAGCUACUACAACCCUUACUCCGGCUACCCCUCCACCCUCUACCAGUACCCCUACUUCCACUCCCCCAGGCGGCCUUACAGCAGCCCCAUCCUCAACAGCCUGUCCAUGGCGCCUGCUCACAGCCCCACAGCCGCCAGCUGGGACCAGCCCGUCUACACCACACUGACCCGACCUUAGAUCGGGGGCCAGGGACGUCGGGUCGAAGCACUACUAACGAAGGAAGCAAUUAAAAAAAAAAGUGCCUGCUGAUUUUAUACAAAAAAAAGACACUUCUUACGGACGUUUUGUACACCAAGAGAAAUAUAUAGGCGGCGCCUCCAUGAGGAUGUAUUCUCGCCUGUACGCCUACGUUGUGUACAUUCCCCGCACUAACAACCUCUUUUACACAGAAGUCUCCCUCACACUGCCUGCAAAAGCCACGGCCGACUUUUUUUCAUCAAAGCUAUUACAGAGCUGGGACAUCACCUGUGUGAAAGGAUAUCUUGCGAUGCUAGGUGGAUAAUAAAUGCUAUAGUUUUUGUAAUU